AUGUUGGACAGGAAACCCCUGAGAGAGAAACAGAGAAGUAGAUCAAUUGAAAAGAAUGAAAAUCUGAGAAGAGAGCUCAAGCAUGUAUUGCCAUGCAGAGGGGCCAAUCACUCAGUGACCGAGUUCAUCCUGCUGGGCUUCACAACAAAUCCCAUGAUGCAGCUGGUCCUCUUUGUGCUGUUCCUGGGAGUCUACUCCAUGACCUUGUUUGGAAACACCACCCUCAUCGUGCUGAUCUGCCAUGACUCCCGGCUACACACACCCAUGUAUUUUUUCAUUGGAAAUUUAUCUUUUCUGGAUCUCUGGUAUUCCUCUGUCUACACUCCUAAGAUCCUAGUGACCUGCAUGUCUGAAGACAAAAGCAUCUCAUUUGCUGGCUGCCUGUGUCAGUUCUUCUUCUCGGCUGGAUUGGCCUACAGUGAGUGUUACCUGUUGGCUGCCAUGGCUUAUGACCGCUACAUGGCCAUCUCCAACCCCUUGCUUUAUGCUCAGGCCAUGACAAAGAGAUUGUGCACUGCAUUGGUUUUAUAUUCCUACACUGGCGGGUUUGUCAAUGCAAUACUAUUAACCAGCAACACAUUCACUCUGGAUUUUUGUGAUGACAAUGUCAUUGAUGACUUUUUCUGUGAUGUCCCACCACUAAUAAAGUUAGCAUGUAAUGUGAGAAAGAGCUAUCAAACUGUGCUGUACUUCCUCUUGACUUCCAAUGUCAUUACCCCCAGCCUGUUCAUCCUGGCCUCCUACAUUUUCAUCAUCACUGCUAUCCUAAGGAUUCGAUCCACCCAGGGCCGCCCUAUUAUGGAUAGGUAG